UUUACAGACCGCCGCCAUAUAGCUGGAUAAUUGCUGAGUGCGGCGUAAAACUAAACUCAUUCACUCACUCAUCUUUCCACUUGUUUCAAUAACAUUUGCUCUUGCCAAUCUAAUGUACGCGGGAAUAUUAGUUUCCCCUAAAUACAGGCUCACUUUGUUCUCCUGGAUAGAGAUGGCACCAGGGAUGAGAAAUUAUAAAAAGUGCUUUCCUGAAUGCACAUCCUUUAAAAUUGCUCCCGUACUUAACUAUAUUAUACGAUUCGUUGUCAUUUCCCCAAACCAGUCUUUGACACAGAUAAAUCUAGUAACAACUGUUUUAUCUGAUUAAACAAGCCUAAACCGGAGUCACUGCCACGAGAACAGAACAUGCGUGACAUUGAAAUUAUACCUACAUGUUGAGGGGUCACAGAUAAGAAUAUACUUCACUUCUUUCGGUACGACACCGGGAUCAUGAAGUGGUGUUUCUUUUUAUUCGUGGUCAUCGCAGUUGUUGUCGCUGUCGACUCGGUGUUUCUGCAGAAUUAUGGAACCUGCCAGCAUCGUUGUUACACGCCGAGCGACUACAUCAAGCCGUGUCAGUGCGACUCCGACUGCGAAUCUUUCAACAACUGCUGCAACGACUUCUGGAGACUGUGCAGAGGAUCUGAGAUUGGGCUGGUGGUUACCCAAAAUGAAUUGAACACAUUCGCCCAACAGCUGUGGGACAGCGAUGACAACAGAAUAAACAGCUCCCUCUACACACUCAACUACCAGGGGAAUACAACACAAAAUGAAGAAACGGACAUGGCAACGGACAAAUUCCUCACGCCUGUCGAUGGCCAGCUGGACGCCUUGCUGUCCAAAGCCAAUUCUACAUAUGCGUUGUUUAUUCAACUACUGGACAACUACGAACUGAAUGUCCAUCAGUCUGAACACCGCCCUCUGGUGGAGAUUCAAGAGGAGGAUGCCUUCUGGGCCGUGGCGUCCCAGACAAGGGUCAUGCAGCUUGCCGCUAAGUUUCUCCUUGAUAACGGGUUCAUCAAAGCAGAUCCGCACGCCUUCAGGACGGUUAUUAAUGAGAUGUGGUUCGAGAUGUACAGCCACUAUUCCGUGCAGCUGAAGAGUCACAAAAACAGCGGCUUUGAGCAUAUAAUGAUUGGAGAAAAGUCGCAAAACACGCAUCAAAAUGCACAUAACGUCUCCAAUCACAUCAUGGGGUUGAACAACUGGAUACAGUUCUACCUGCUGGAGAAAGCGGAGACUAUUGACUACCACGGUUAUCUGUCCUACCUACAGGACCCUCCUUUGGUGAGUAUCCAGUUCCAGUGGAACGAUGCCAUGGGAAGGAAGAAAAACUUCUUUGUUGGAACAAGUCCCGAGUUUGACAUGGCGCUGUACACUGUGUGCGGGCUCGUCCACCCUAACAAGCCCUGUCACGUGACAAUCAAUGGACAGAACAUCACCAUCAAGGCUACGACGUCACGCUACCAAUCCACCCUUCAGCUUACAGGAGCUGCCCCUUCCUUUACAGGUAGCGUCUGAUCGAUGGUGUCAGAUCCAUAUCGCUUUUGAUGAUAGCGAAAUAAAUUUUAAAACAUG